CCCUACGUCAUCACGACGCGCCAACUCACCACACGGAAACGGCCGCGACCUUCCACGCAGCGCGCGGUCUGCGGUUCAGUGACGAUAUAAUGUGCGUGACUGACGGUCACUGAGUGCGUGAGAGGCUGCGGGGGAAAUCUGAGGGUAACAUGUUCCGCUGCUGUUUGAUAAUCUGCAACAGAGGAGCCGGAAGACGGUUCUCCUCGUCGUUCUCCGGUGAGAGCGCUCUGCCUCCUAAUCUGCUGCUGCCGACAAACCUCGUGGAUCCCGCUCGAUUAAAGCGGCGUCCUCCUCCAGCGGACUGCUCCCUGCCCGUCCUGAGGAAGUGCGAUGCCGUCGUUCCGGCUCAUAUGAGCCCCGUCCAGAUGUGGGUGGAGACUCUGGAGAGCCGUGACAGCGAGCCGUUGGGUUUGGCUCACCUCCACCCAGAUGUGUUCGCGGUGCCUCCGAGGCUCGAUAUUCUCCACCAGGUUGAAACGUGGCAGAGAAAUUUUAAAAGAAUUAGCUACGCCAACACAAAGGUCAGGUCAGAGGUGAGGGGUGGAGGCCGGAAACCAUGGCGACAGAAAGGAGGUGGAAAAGCGCGUCACGGGAGCAUCCGAUCACCGUUAUGGAGAGGAGGUGGCGUGGCUCACGGACCCAGAGGGCCCAACAGUUACUACUACAUGUUACCCAUGAAGAUCCGAGUGCAAGGACUCAAAGUGGCUCUGAGCUCCAAGAUGGCUCAGGACUACCUUUACAUCGUGGACUCUCUGAACAUCCCCACACCUGACUCCCAGUACCUGCUGGACCUCAUCAAACACCGACACUGGGGAGAGUCUGUGUUAAUCGUCGAUGUAGGUGAAGAGCUUCCUGAAAACAUCCUUCAGGCAACAGCGAGUGUGAAGACGGUGAACAUUAUUCCAGCCAUUGGUCUGAAUGUCCACAGCCUGCUGAAACACGAAGCAGUCGUCCUCACGCUGAAAACCAUCAAGUUCCUGGAGGACAAGCUGCUUUGGCACGACCAGCGAUACACAGCCCUGUACCCGUUUAAACUGCCCUACUCCGAUUUACCGUAGAAGACGAAUGACCUGUAAUAUAUAUUCACUGACCACAGGGACACAAACGUUUUCUUUUGUUUUAUUAUGUUCAACAGAAAAUGUCAUCAAUAAAUAAUGCCAAAAAACAAA